GUUCCUCCUAACGAUGUCAAAGACGAACGAUGACGGGACCAUCCCGAUAACCGUGGAGUUUAGUGGAGGGCUGGAAAUGCUAUUCUCGAACGAACGGAAACUUUCGCUUGCCAUACCCGCCAAGGAUGAGACCGGAAAUGGCUCGAACAUAGCGUACUUGGUCAGGCAUCUCUGCGACAAAGUCAUGAAGGAUCCGCGAAAGGAGUUAUUCGUUCUCGAUGGCACUGUACGACCUGGGAUCUUAGUACUCAUCAAUGAAGCAGACUGGGAGCUUGAAGGCGAAGACAAGUACGAGAUUCAAGAGGGCGAUAAUAUCUUGUUCGUUUCCACACUUCAUGGCGGAUAGAUAUGGACAGCAUGAGAAGAAAGAGCGCAAUUUGUCAGUCUGGACAUCCUGGCCUAUUGUAAAGCUCCCCCGGAUCUCCUGUGCACGUAUUGCUCCGUUCCCGGACCGGAGCUCGUGGCGACACGGGGCGGUCCGUGGGAAGGUGAGAACGAAAUAGAACCACGUUAAGCUGUCGCAGUCUGCAAUUGUAGCAGCAUCAUACUACAGCCGAGCCUUAGAUCUCUUGUUAAACG